AUAAUAAUAUCUAUAAUAUUUAUAAUAGUAUCUUAUAACAUUACAAUUUAUGACAAAAUUAUUGCAUUCCGUUAUUGAAUAAACCAUACAUUUUCGUGCAAAUAACACAGCAUUUUUUAACUUGUCUCACUGUUGAUGUUAAAUGGAUUUAUGUUCAAGUGAUGUUUCACUAAAACAAAACAAAAAUAAUUCAUCUCAUCGGAGUAAAACUUCACCAUCAAAUCCAAAGGCCAGUACUAUUAUUGCAAAAGCAGUUACUGUUUACAAACUAGAAAUUAGUUCUCCUUCACUUGUUGGUAAAUAUGGUUUGGCGCUGGCAGGAGACAAAAAAUUAAAUUAUUAUCAAAUUUUAAUAUAUGGGAAAAAUGUAUGUCUCGUCAAUCAAGUAUUAAGUAAAGAUUUUGUAUUUAAAGUAUGUGAAAACAAUCAUGUGGAAUUUCAAUCUUCUGAGAAAUGGCGUUUAGAGUUUGCUAACACCAAUGAUGCCAUAGAAUUUAACUCACAUAUAGCACUUGUUUUAUGGAAACUUUAUGAUUCUAAAGCAUUAUUUUGGUUUGACCUUUAUUAUCCCAUUCGCACAGAUAUCACAGCUAAGCUUAGUAGUGUUGUAGAAAUCAUAUAUACAGCUAAUACGAUUCAAGGUAAAAUCCUUGGCCCUGAGGUAUCUAAUAAUAUUAAAGAUGAUAAAAACUUAAAAGUCAGUAUUGGUAAGAAUGGUUGGGAGAGAUCUUUGAUGGGUGUUAAUAUUGGUACUCGGAGGAUUAUAUAUAUACCAGUAUCAGAAAUGGGGGCCUGGAAAAUUCUCACAGAUGGUCAUCAAAGUUUAUGUUUGACUAUAACUGUAAGAAAUGUAUAUGAAAUAAAAGAAAACAAUAAAGUUGAAGGUCCUUUAACUGACACACAUCAAGAUGUAGCAGCAAAUGAACCUAGAAAUAUUGAGAAUGAAAUACUACCUAAAAAAGAGAACGAUAAUCAGAAUUGUGCAGAUACUGUGACCAUAUCUAAAAAAUUAUCCAUAGAAAUACUUUCUGAUGAAUUGAAUAGACUUAAAAUUGAACAUUCCAAAACAAAUGAGAGAUUAGAAAAAUUAGAAUCGUUAGUAAAUAAAACUAAUUCUAAUACAACUAUAGAUAGUGCUAAAAAUAUAGAUAUAGAACUAAAAAAAUCAUUGAAGUUCGUGUAUAAAAGUUUAGUACAGAAAUUUCCAGCUGAGCAAACAUUUUCCGGAAAGGAAAUUCAAUCAAUAAUUAAAGACAUUUUUUGUAAUGUCAUAAAUUGUCCAACUCCAUCAUCUAUUUAGUUUAAAAGACUUUGGAAAAUGAUUGAUUAAAAUAAGUUAAAUAUUUCAAAUUAUAUUAAUAAUUAUUAUUGUCAAGACUUGUGUUAUACAGUUGAGCCUAUACUUAUGUAAACAUAUUU